AUGGGGGCUCGCAUAACACGACUUAACGAUGACGCGAUUGCAAAAUCUGGCAGUAGAGUACUGCCCCGGGAAGAGGCUGCUCUAAGGCUUGUGGGCAAACUGUCUGAUGUUCCAGUCCCUAAGGUGUUAUAUUCUCACUACUCUAAGUUAGAUGGCGACCUAUUUAUAAGUCUUAGUCCAGGAUUAACUCUAAAGGACCUCUGGGAUACUCUUAAUAAGAAAACAAAGGAGCGACUCUAUCACGAUAUUUGGAGCCUAAUUAGAAAGAUUCGCCAGAUUCUAAAACCGCCAGAGUUUAACAACUUCUUCCUUUGCUUAGCCGACGGAUCUUGCAGCCAGAACGUGUAUAUUAAGGAUCUAGAAUCUCCUCCUCGGCCUCUUAUUAAUAAUGCUGCCAGCUCUGUCUUUACGCACGGCGAUAUAGCACUACAAAACAUUAUAGUCGACUACUACACUUACAAAAUUACUGGGCUUAUUAAUUGGGAGUUUGCCGGUUGGUAUCCGGAUUAUUGGGAAUAUUUGAGAAUCCACAAGCCUAUUAACGACAAAAACUGGCGGGAAUGGAUGGAUCGUACAGCACUGCAGAAAUGGGAUUUGGCAGGAAAUGUGGAUGGAUAG